AUGGAGUUCUGCGACUGGCACGGGAUCACGUGCAGUGCGACUUCCCCCCGGCAUGUCGUUGCGCUGGACCUUGAAUCCCAAGACAUCUCAGGCACCAUAGCACCUUGCAUCGCCAACCUCACUUGGCUGGCAAAGCUCCAGCUGUCCAACAAUAGCUUUGGUGGCGGUGUGCCGUCCGAGCUUGGCCUCCUGGGCCGACUCACCAACCUCAACCUCAGCAUGAACAGUUUGGAAGAGAUUAACCUUGCAAACAACAAGCUCCAAGGGAGCAUUCCUCCUGCUUUUGGAGACCUUCCUGACCUGCGCAUACUAGUUCUCGCCAAAAAUACACUUACUGGCACCAUACCGUUGUCUUUGGGAAGCAGUCGUCAUCUUAUGUAUGUCGAUCUCGGGAUCAAUGCUCUUGGAGGGGUCAUCCCGGAGUCCUUGGCAAAUAGUUCAUCUCUUCAAGUACUUAGGCUCAUGAGCAAUAGUCUUACUGGAGAACUCCCAAAGGCUCUCCUCAACACUUUGUCACUAGGUGCCAUUUGCCUCACAAGAAACAAUUUUGUUGGUUCCAUACCUUCUGUUACUGUCACCUCUUCCCCUCUUAAGCAUCUCUAUUUAGGGGAAAACAAUCUUUCAGGAAGAAUACCUUUCUCACUAGGGAACCUUUCCUCCCUACUUCAUCUUCAUCUCACAAACAAUCAUUUAGUUGGGAGCAUCCCGGAGAGCUUAGGUUAUAUUCCAACAUUAGAGAAAUUGAUCUUGAGUGCAAACAACUUAUCUGGACCGGUUCCACCGUCUAUCUUCAACAUGUCAUCCCUGAAAAGUCUCGCCGCAUUCGACAACUCACUUGUCGGAAGAUUACCCUUCGACAUCGGCUACACCCUCCAUAAUAUUGAGUACUUAAUACUCACAGGGAACAAUUUUGAUGGACCAAUUCCAGCCUCUCUUCUCAAAGCUUACCGCCUAUGCUGGCUUCUCCUUGAUAGUAAUAGAUUUAUUGGAUCCAUACCAUUCUUCGGUUCAUUGCCAAAUUUGGAGCGUCUCGAUUUGGCAUCCAACAAGCUAGAAGCAGAUGAUUGGGGAUUUGUCUCUUCACUAUCUAACUGCUCCAGAUUGUACAUGCUGGCCCUGGAUGGAAACAAUCUUAAUGGGAAAUUGCCAAGUUCUAUUGGAAAUCUUUCAAAUAGUCUUGACUCCUUGUGGCUGAAUAGCAACCAAAUUUCUGGACCUAUACCACCGGAGAUUGGCAACCUUAAGAGCCUCAGUACAUUGUACAUGGAUUACAAUUUUUUCACUGGUAAUAUACCACCAACAAUUGGGAAAUUGUACAAAUUGGUCGAGCUAUCCGUUGCGCAUAACAGGCUUUCAGGCCAGAUUCCAGAUACUGUUGGCAAUCUUGUCCAGCUGAGUAUGCUGGAAUUGGAUCAUAACAGCUUCAGUGGAAGAAUACCUGCAAGUAUAGCACGAUGCACUCAACUCACCAUACUCAACCUUGCUCACAACUCACUAGAUGGGCGUAUACCAAGUAAAAUCUUGACAAUCUCUACGCUUUCUAUAGAGCUGGACUUGUCAAACAACUACUUGUCUGGAGGAAUGCCAGAUGAAGUAGGAAGUCUCCUUCAUCUGAAGAAAAUCAACAUGUCAAAUAACAGGUUGACUGGCAACAUCCCAUCAACUCUCGGCCAGUGUGUUGACCUGGAGUAUCUUGAGAUACAAAACAACUUACUUGCAGGAAGGAUUCCGCAAACAUUAGCCAGCUUAGUCAGCAUAAAACACAUGGAUAUUUCUGGGAACAAUUUGUCUGGAAAAGUACCGGAGUUCCUCAAAUCCUUGAAAUCACUUCAAGACCUGAAUUUAUCCUUCAACCAUUUUGAUGGAGCAGUUCCGACCGGAGGUGUUUUUGACAUCGCUGGUGCAGUCUCAAUCGAAGGAAAUGAUCAUCUUUGUACAAUCAUCCCAACGAGAGGUAUGUCUCUUUGUAUGGCACUGGCUGACAGCAAAAGAAAGCAGAAGCUACUGGUUCUGGUCCUGGUGAUUCUAUUGCCAAUUGUUGCUGCCACUGCAAUCCUUCUCUCUUGUAUUGUAACAAUUUAUUGGAGGAAAAGGAUGCAAGAAACUCCCCAUUUGCAACAUCACAAUGAGCACAUAAAGAAAAUACAGAAGAUAUCAUUUGAGCAGAUAUCAUAUGAAGACUUGCUAAGGGCAACUGAUAGGUUUUCUUCUGCAAACUUAAUUGGUUAUGGAUCAUUUGGAAGGGUUUAUAAGGGAAGUCUGCAGUUUCAAGCAGAUCAAGUUGCCAUCAAGAUUUUUGACCUUGACAUUAAUGGGGCAGAUAGGAGCUUCAUAGCAGAGUGUGAAGCCCUAAGAAAUGUUCGCCAUCGGAAUCUUGUAAAAAUCAUUACCUCAUGCUCUUCUGUGGAUCAUACCGGGGCAGAUUUCAAGGCCCUAGUGUUCCCAUACAUGCCAAAUGGGAACCUAGAAAUGUGGCUGCAUCUAAAAGACCCUGAAGAUGGCGAAAAGAAUAUUCUGAGUUUAAGCCAAAGGACUAACAUAGCCUUGGAUGUGGCAGUUGCUUUGGAUUACCUUCACAAUCAGUGUGCACCUCCAGUUAUACACUGCGACUUGAAGCCAAGCAAUAUACUUCUGGGUCUUGACAUGGCUGCGCACGUCAUCGAUUUUGGCCUAGCAAGAUUCUUGUUCAGCACAGGAAAUGCACACCAAGAUAGUUCAGCAAGUUUCAGCCGCUUAAAAGGAUCCAUAGGAUACAUCCCACCAGGUGAGAUAAGCUUAUUUGCAAGAUAUUGAUUCUGUUUUUUCCUUAUGGAGUUGUACAGAUGAUGAUAGUUCUCUAAUUUUCUUAUGUUUUUUACAUGUAAAUACAGAGU